AUGCCGUCCCUGUGCCCCCCGCAUCCCGGACUAGGCUGUAUGCCUGAAAAAGGCUUCAGCUGGAACGAAUCGACACCCGUUACCAGACCCGCUGGGAAUGUAGUCCCGCCUGAGGUUCUGCUGCAGAUCUUCUACAUGUUAAAUCCUCGGGACUUUGAUAAUGCCCGGCGGAUUUGCUCGCAAUGGAUGCGGAUUAGUUUAGAUCAGAAUCUACUGGAGAGUAUGUUGAAGAAGGCAGGUUGGUGGGAUGCAUGGCAGCAUGAUUUUCAGAUGCAGCGUCCUCCUGCUUCAGCUGCGGAAGAGGAGAGUCUGGUGUGGAGGAUGAGCAAGCGGUUCUCGACCGAGUGUCUGUUAUCCGGCCGGAAACUGAACGUCGAGAAGCCUGGGUUCUUGACCACUGGCGUUAUCGAUUUUUCCAAACUCUCUCAACAUCCUGCACAGAGUGUGCGAAGCGCGCAGGGUCCGUCUGAGGCAACCGAUUAUUUUAGCAGGGAUGCUACGACUUCAUCGAAAUUCAAUGUUAGCACCUGCGGCAACUAUUUGCUGGUUACGUCCGGCUGCGUGAUUUAUGUCUACCGUUUGCUCGCCAAGAAGGCUGGCCUUUUGGAGUCAAUGUCGUUGGCAGACGUUAGCGAUAGGGAUAUCACGCUUGUCGCUAGCAUUCCUUGUCCGGAUGGAGUGGUUUCUGCUACAAUUGACACCAGUGCACCCAAGUUUGUCAUUGCUGCAUUGCUACGUGAUCGCGUCGGAAUGGUCUGCGACUUGGUAACGCCUGAGAACCAGGAGGCUGUGGACAAGUCUGUACAAAAUGACACGAUUGAUGUCUCGCAACACUACUACCACGAUGUGUGUUCCCUGGAAGAUCCACCCCGCAGCGUGUCCAUCUGCCCCGGCCGUCGCUGCAUCGCGUUCGGUGGUGGCACAGGUAUCGAAUUGCGCUGGGUCGACGAAGUAUCCAAGCAAGACUGCAAAAAACACUUUCCCAUGACUCAACCAUCAGAAAUCCUCCACUUCCUUCCCAACCGCGCCGACACCCCCGAAGAGCUCCGCCUCGUCUCCUCCUUAGCCGAUCCCGGAGUGCCAGCCUGCCAAUGCUACAGCAAGACCAAACAACCCUGCCAACUCCACCUAGAAGCAGACGUCCACUCCUUAACUAGCCUCGACCCCCGCGACAAGCGCAACCUCUCCCUCAUCCGUGCAACGCAUUGUCACCACUACCGCGCUAUCCCGAUAAACGACGGUUUGCACAUCCUCUUCAUCGAACCGCGCACGGGGUUCCUCUGCAUAGGCUCUGACUCGCCUAUCGGCGGUCCUUCAAGUCUGACCCGCGCCCUCGUCUGCGCACCCCCAUUCAAUCACGAACACCCUGAAACAGUUCCCACGCCCACCGUCUUCGCAGCCGGCUCAGACCUCUCCUGGGGUCUUCGGGUCGUCGCAGCCUACAAAGACCGUCUAGUUCUCUACUCCGUCCCCCUCGACGUAUUCAACGUCAUUCGCAAAGAACGCGAAGUCCAAUCGCUAGGUGUAAUGGGCGACUCCGACCUCGCACGCGACUGGUUCCUAGACGGUGAACGCUCCUCCAAGCGACGGGGUAGUCUCAUCCCUAACCAGAAUGGUGACUGGGAGUUUUUGUUGAGCGUAUCCUACCGCCCUACGGCAAUGAUGUGGCCGCUCAAGAUAUACGGGAAGGAAAUCGGGCGGAUGGAAAACGUCGUCGAACUCGCAUUGCAGUCGUCGCAUGGUGGUGCGAGGGUAUGGGCAUUCGGAGCGUCUGGUGAGACUAAUAUCAUCGACGUGGAUACUUUCACAUCCCCCACACAAAGGCCAGCAGACGUACCCUGCAAGUCCCUCUCCAUCGACGCAGACGGCAGCGUCGAGAAUGCGCAAUUCGUCAAUCGAUCCGAGGAUUCGGGAUUGUUCUCGCCACGAUCACCCCGGUCGGAGGUUUUGAAUGACUUUAGAGGUCAGCAUUCGACUGCUGCACCGCCGCAUCAUGCACUGGCGGGUUUGAAUAUGGAUCAAGCAACUACCCAGUCUGCUACUCAGACAGCUGGCGCGGUUUCGCGACGGCGUCCGUCAUACGCGGCGUGUAUUGUUGGGUUUAAUAUUCCUGAACUUGGGGCGAGGGAGGGAAGGUGGGUUGAGAAUGAAGCUUGA